UUUGUUUGUUUGUUUGUGAAACAUUAAAUUAAAGUAAAGAUUUAAAUCAGAGUUGUCACCAGUCUGAUACCCAGUAUAUCAACACAAGAAAACAAAAAGAAAAACAAAAACAACGGUGGAUCAGAUAUCGGAGAAAACAUAUCGGAUUUCUGAUCAUUUAACAAACAAAGAUUGGACUUGGAAAUGUUUAUGUAUAAAGAGAUUUGACUGUUUGUUUGUUUUUGUUUUUUUCUUUUGCUAGGAUUGAUUUGAUUAUAUUGAUACUUUAUUGUAUUUCUUAUAUUUGCAGUGUAAGGGAUUUUUGUGUGAAAGAUUUUUUACCGUAAAGUGCUUCAUAAUUUUUUUUUUAAAGGUUUAUCAGUUUUUAAAGAAAGCAGUAAUGGAUGUGUGUCGCUAUCGACUGAUCCUCCAGGUCUCAGUGUCAGCAUCAGAGAGGAAAAGGUGACAUUGUGCUGUCUCUAAUUACAAUUCACUUCAAAUAAAAUCACAAUUAAUCAACAAAGUCGACCGCUCAGAUAGUUUAUAGAUAUUUUAAUAAAGAGAGAUAUUUUUUACAGACUGUCUGUGUGUCUGUCUGUCUGUCUGUACUACAGCCAGUCACCAGUCACUGCACGCCUUACUGUUCUACAUGUGACGUUGACCGGAAGUGUUACGUGCCCCGGUGUUACAGUGAAUACGGUCCCCUCAGAUCACGUGCUUUGGUUCCGUAGAGGACUUUACAGAGACUGAGUGUGUGAGUGUGAGUGUGUUUGUGUGUGUUUGUGUGUUUCCGCGGUCAUGAGCGCGAGGCAGAUGAUGAAGGUGUUUGUGACCAGACGCAUCCCUCAGGAGGGAAUGAAGCUGCUGCAGAAAGCCGCCAUGUGUGACGUGUCGGUGUGGGACUCAGAUGAACCUGUUCCACGUGCGGAGCUGCUGAAGAAGGUGGAAGGAGCUCACGGUCUCCUGUGUCUGCUCUCAGAUCGUAUCGAUGCCGAGGUUCUCGACGCAGCAGGACCCAACCUGAAGGUGAUCAGUACCAUGUCUGUGGGCUUUGACCACCUCGCCAUCGAUGAGAUCAAGAAACGAGGUAUAAGGGUAGGCUACACCCCUGAUGUAUUAACAGAUGCUACAGCUGAGUUGACCGUUGCUCUGUUAUUGGCUACAGCUCGCCGCUUACCUGAGGGCAUUCAGGAGGUCAAAAGUGGAGGUUGGAGCUCGUGGAAGCCCCUGUGGUUGUGUGGUUACGGUCUCUCAGGCAGUACAGUCGGGGUGAUUGGCCUGGGACGGAUAGGGUUGGCCAUCGCACAGAGACUGAAGCCGUUCGGUGUGAAACGUCUGCUGUAUUCAGGACGGCAGCCCAAACCCCAGGCUGGAGAGUUGGGCGGAGAACACGUGCCGUUAGACACGCUGCUGUGUGAGAGCGACUUCGUGGUGGUUUCGUGCUCUUUGAACCCUGACACACAGGAACUGUGUAAUAAAGCCUUUUUCAGCAAAAUGAAGAACACCGCAGUCUUCAUCAACACCAGCAGAGGGGCGGUCGUAAACCAGGAGGAUCUGCUCGAAGCCCUCACCAGCGGUCAGAUCGCUGCAGCGGGACUCGACGUGACGACGCCUGAGCCUCUGCCCACCGACCAUCCGCUCCUGCGCCUCAACAACUGCGUGGUUCUCCCUCACAUCGGCAGCGCCACGUUCUCCACGCGAGGCGUCAUGGCUGAUCUCUCGGCCCACAACCUGCUGUCGGGUCUGACCGGAGACGCCAUGCCCAGUGAACUGAAGCUGUAACGCCCCCUAGUGGUGCAUGAUGGGAAAGCAACACUCCUCUAAACCCUCAGAAGAGCAUCGCGGUGCUGUAGGAUGAUGUUUCAGCUGUACUACUUUAUUCACUACUUCAGAAGGCACUUAUUGUGACUAAAAUGAUUUAAAUAAAUAUCACUAAGAUUAA